ACUUUAGGGCAUCAAAUUUGAUUGGUGGUAAUAAGAAAUUGUUUUUUUUUGUGAAUAAACUUGAAUUGUGUUGACGUUUGUUUUGUGUUUUCGCGGUUGGCGGCAAUUGCGCACCUCCCCUCGUAUGUCAGAGAGGUGUGGUGUUAUCAGUCGUAAUUUUGCUCAAAUAAGUGAUAAGCGGGGCGAUGUCGGCGACUCUACGGCCCUAUUUGGCGGCGGUGCGGCACACCUUAACCGCCGCCAUGUGUUUGGAGAACUUCUCGUCGCAGGUGGUGGAAAGACACAACAAGCCGGAAGUUGAGGUUAGGUCCAGUAAAGAGCUGUUGUUGACCCCCGUCGUGAUUUCGCGAAAUGAGAAGGAAAAAGUGUUCAUAGAGACUUCAGUGAAUUCGGUCCGAAUCAGUAUAGCCGUGAAACAAGCGGACGAAAUCGAGAAAAUCCUCUGCAAGAAGUUUAUGCGUUUCAUGAUGAUGCGGGCGGAGAAUUUCGUUGUUUUGCGAAGAAAACCCAUCGAGGGAUACGACAUUAGUUUCCUCAUAACGAAUUUCCACACGGAACAGAUGUACAAACACAAACUCGUCGAUUUUGUGAUUCAUUUCAUGGAGGAAAUUGAUAAGGAGGUGUCGGAAAUGAAGUUGGCGGUCAAUGCGAGGGCUCGAAUUGUUUCAGAGGAGUUUUUGAAAAGGUUUUGAGGGGGGAAAAGGCGCCCAAGUGUACAUAAGUUCUAGAUUUAUCCAACAGGAAGAUUUAUUUAUUCCUAAUUUCAAAUACGAAUUCUAUUUUUACUUAUUAUAUUGUUUCGCCAAUAAAGUCGAUCAUUUUAUUAAGAAAAAA